AUGUAUAUUCUCCUAUUUGCAUAUGUUGUAAACACAAAAAAAGUAAGUCUUUAUUCACCUUUUUUACAAUUAAGAGAACUGGAUAUUGGUCAAAAUAUUGGCGAAGUGGUGCCAUCAAAAGAUUUAAAAAAUGAAUUUAUACUAAAUAUAACAGAUCAAAACCUUGCUCAAAAUUUGAAAAUAAGUAAUUUGAGAGUACACCAUGAUAUUUUAGGAUAUCAAAUAUACAAUUAUAGCGGCUGUCUUACUGCUAACAAUAGUGGACUGAAUAUAGAACAAUGCGUAGACAUCCAAUCUAGUAAAAUAAUUUUUCAAAGAUUUAAAUUUGUAGAUUCAUCGGAAAAUGAGCAAAAAAGUAAAAAAAGGGAACCAGAAGAAGAUUUUGAAAAAUUGUCAGAAGCCCCAUAUGCAGGAAAAGUUAGCAAUCCAAGACCUCCUGUGCUUUUUUCGAAAGCUGAAAAUAAUUAUAAUUUUUUAAAUGAAGAUGACGAACAGCCAUUCUAUCCAAAAAUUAAAAAAAAGAAACAAAAAAUUAAUAACCUCGUAAGAGCUGAAGAAGCUCCUGAAAAACUUGACGAAGAUGAACUUCUUCAUUUAAAUGGUAAAAAUACAGAAAUUGAAGACCAGUUAAAUAAUUUUUUAUCGAAAAAUUAA